AUGGGGGACUGGUCAAUUCUGAGCCGUUUUCUAACAGAGGUUCAGAAUCAUUCAACGGUCAUCGGUAAGAUCUGGCUGACGGUGCUCCUGAUCUUUCGCAUCCUGCUGGUGACCCUGGUUGGAGACGCUGUGUACAGCGAUGAGCAAUCCAAGUUCACUUGCAAUACACUGCAGCCGGGCUGCAGCAAUGUCUGCUACGACACUUUUGCACCCGUCUCACACUUGCGCUUCUGGGUCUUCCAGAUUGUGCUGGUCUCAACACCUUCCAUCUUUUACAUCAUCUAUGUGCUGCACAAAAUCACCAAAGAUGAGAAGCUGGAGACAGAGAGGGUCCAGACAGAGGCCAAGCACACCGUGGGAGACUAUUCUGAGCAGCUUGAAGGGGACGGUGUCAGAAUGGGAUAUGGACCCCAAGGAGAAGAAUGGGGUGGUCAGGAUGAGGAAAGCGUGGAGCAAAAUCUCCUCCAGGAUGAUUUCGGUGAGGAUGGCAAGGAUCCAACCACACUCUCCAGUCAGAUUCUCCUCAUCUAUAUUGUUCACGUCCUGAUCCGCUCAAUCCUAGAGAUCACGUUCCUUGUCGGUCAGUACUGCUUGUUUGGAUUUGAGGUGCCUCAUUUGUUCAGAUGUGAAACGUACCCUUGUCCUACAUGGACUGACUGUUUUGUGUCGCGAGCCACUGAAAAGACCAUUUUCCUUAAUUUUAUGUUUAGUAUCAGCCUGGGUUGUUUUCUCUUGAACAUUGUGGAGCUUCACUACCUCGGAUGGAUCUAUAUUUUCCGCUUGCUGUGUGCUGCCUGCUUCCUGUGCUUCACGCCAGAGAGGGAUCUGUACUCUCAAAGGAACCCUUUGCUGCUACGCCUCAGGCACUCAAUGCGGAGCAGGCUGAUUCUGCAGUCCCCCACAACCACCCUGUCUGAGGAAAAGACAGGGACGGCUUUGCUUUCACACGGCCCAGCCAUCUCCUUCGAGACUGACUCUACUGUUGAGUGCACCUCAAAGAGGAACCCAGAGGAGAGGGAACAUAUGAGGCUGAAUCUGGCCAACAUGGCUAGAUUUACUGGCAAAAAGUCCUGGCUGUAA